CAUUGGAAGGUUCAUUUUUGCUAAACUCACUAUUUUUUAUCUUUAUCUGUAAAUUUAUUCCCUAAUCUUUGAUUACAAGCCGUAAGACCGUUGCGUUAUUAAAAUGGCUUUACCAUGGCAUAUUCCACUAGAAGCAGCACCUAUUUUUAAAGAAAAAUGUGCCCCACAACCUACUCUACUAAAACAUUACAGUAAUUUAAACAUUCAUCAAAAUCCUUGCGAAGAACUGCAAACAGGUCUCAUGUGUGAUAUUGGCAUUAAUAAUCGUGAACCAACCACCAUUCAAAGAUUAAUAGCAUGUGGCAUGACCGUUGCUCGGCUAAAUAUGCGAGAUAUGGAACCUGAUGCUUGUGCACAAUUGAUUCAAAGCAUACGACAAGCGGUCUAUAAUUACAGUGCUGAACUUGAAUAUGUUUACCCACUAGCCCUUAUUGUCGAUGUCCGGGGCCCAGAUAUUGUUACAGGUGACUUAAAAUCCGGUCCUAGAGCAACUGUUGAAAUAAUACAAUAUGAGACUAUUAGACUAACUACCGAUACAAGCUGGCGUGAAAGUGGAACUGCUGAUUGUCUUUACAUAGGGUAUGAUCAUUUAACUGAAUUGCAACCUGGGGACAUAGUAUACAUAGAUAGCCUAACUCCUGGCAAAAUUAAAUUAGUAGUUUCUGAAGUUGGUGAUGAUUCUGUGGAAUGUUCUGUAGCUGCAGGUGGUACGAUUGGAUCUAAAAUGACUGUUCGAAUCUCGCAUGUACCUCGAGAAGUAGAUAAUUCACACGGGCAAGGUGACAGCAUUCAGUCACUUUCAUGUAGUGAUUCAUCUCAACAACCUUUUGAACAUAUGGAUGAGCAAAUAGCUUGGGCAGUUGCAUCUGAUGUUGAUGCUGUUUUAAUUCCCAAUUCUCAAAAUUCGUAUGAUGUACGUCAAGUACGCGAUAUACUAUCUGAAAAGGGGAAACAUAUUCUCGUAUUUGCUUGCAUAGAUACUGUUUUAGGAUUGGAUAACAUUGAUGAUAUAUUAAAAGAAGCAGAUGGCAUAUACUUAGAUCGUGGUGUUCUUAGCACAGAUCUGCCGGUAGAAAAAAUAUUCAUAGCACAAAAAAUAUUAUUAGCCAAAUGCAACGAAGCUGGAAAACCUUGCAUAUGUAAAGCAGUAAUCAAUGAACAAAUACCUACAUUAUGUGUAACUGAUAUAGCUAAUUUGGUAAUAGAUGGUGCAGAUGUUCUAUCCCUGGAAUUACACUAUGACUCACCCUUGAAAAAAUUUGCUCCUUCAUAUGAUGCAAUACGUAUGGCAGAACAUUGCCUGGCUGCUUCAGCUGUUAUAUGUAGACAGGCAGAAAGAAUUGUAUGGCAACCACGAAUUUAUGGGAAUAUGGAGUUAAUGCAAAGUCCGUUGGAUGAACCCACAAAAGCCGUGUGUGUAAGUGCAGUAGAACUUGCUAUGCGAUCUCGAGCUUCUGUUAUAUUAUGCUUAACAAAUUCAGGUCGUACGGCUAAAAUACUAUCCCAUGCAAGGCCCCCUUGUCCCAUAGUGGCUGUGACUAGAGCGUGUCAUACUGGAAGACAACUGCGUUUUUGGCGGGGAGUACGUGCAGUGCAUUAUUUUGAAGUUGCAAGAGGAAGUUGGAUAUCGGAAGUAGAAUCACGGAUCCAUGCUGCUCUUGAUUAUUGUAAAGCAAAACGUAUUCUUCGCGCUGGUGAUGCCUACGUCAUUGUGAGCGGUUCACGACGUGGGGUCGGUUACUGUGAUUCGGUUAGGCUUUUGUACGCUAGUGCAAGAGAAACUGUGCUAGUUGAAUAACAAACGCACAUUUUCGAUUUUUUUAUUUUUGCUAUU